AUGGACGGCGCUGGAACAUUAGUAUCAAUGCAGGGAGCGGGUGUCGAUAUGUAUUCGCCGAAGCGAUCUUCACACUACGGAGACUUCCUUUCGCAACACUUUUCCGCUCAUGAUUUUGCUUGGGACGCCCCGAAACAAGAACCGGUAGACACAGAUAGCAUGGGAAUGCACUCCAUCCCACCAAGGUACGAAGCCGCCGAGGAUAAUUUCCAGUAUGGUUAUACGCAGGAUAGCGUUCCGACUUUGAAAAAUGCUGGUGGUCUUCCAUCGACGUUGAAUGGCUUGGGCUUGUCUUAUGUGCCGAUGGAUGGGUUUGGUAGCUCUGCCAAUCAAGCAAUUUCACCAUUGUUUGAUACCACAAACACAAUGGACUCGAUCAACUACCAGCGCACCGCCGAGCAGCAAUUGCAGCAGUUGCAGAACAUUGAUAACACGACCGGAAUGGGGUUUCAAGACGAUGCUUGCGAUUUUGCACUUGCCUACACCACGGGAGUCGACUAUGCUUCGGCGCAAGCGAUAGCUUCUCCUCCAGAGAUCUACUUGCGCACGGAAUACAACGAGCCCUGUGAACUUGGUUCUACAGCUGUCUCCUACACCACCUCAUUACAAGUUCCCGAUGCCAGCUGUCAAGCAUCCUCAGUGACAUGGAGUCAAAACUUCGAGGCGGAGCUUGUUAGCCAACCUCAGUCUAAUUGUCAAGGUCAAGGCGACUCAAUGCUCCAAAUAACCGACCAGUCCGUCUCUAUCCAGACCGCACCUCCUUGGGGCCUUGCAAAAGACGUUUGUUCUCAUGAUCCUACCCUCUUCAAUAAUUCCAUGCUUCCUGUUGGCAGCCCAUUCGAGAACAGCCCGCUUUCGAGUAUAAAUCAUACUCCGCUAGUUCCACAAUCAAUGUGGCAAACCGAGUAUCCAUCUGAGUUCAUUGGGCCCGACAAAGAUCAAAAUUGGCAGAAUGCAACUAUCACAACACCAUCGCCUGUUGAAGAAAUGAAUCUGCCAGCGGCUAUAUCUCCUCUACCUAUGACUAAUAAUGAAGUUGGUCCCUCGAAGGCACAAUUUGAAAGCUUGGUCUCUGUCAUACAAGUCAGUAUCAAGAAGGAGACAGAAUCACCGCCAGUCGACUACCAGCCCAGAAUGGAUGACCUUAUUACGAACUUUGAUAGCAGUCCCAAUUCGGCUUCUCGCAAACGAAAGCGAACAAAAUUUACGACAGAAGGGGCAGAGAAGGUUCGAGGAGUUCGCAAUAAAGGCGCAUGUGGUGCAUGCCAUUACCGCAAGAUUCCGUGCUCAAUUGAUGAGAUCUGCAAUCACUGUCUUAAGGCUGCGAAGAACAAUCCAACUUUAGCUGGCGAGAUAUGUCUGCGCGACAAGCUGCAAGAUUCCUACGUGGGAGUAAAAACAAUAUUCGGAAGUCUUGAUUCUCGAAGAGGAGCAUUAGAUCCGUUGCUCAAGUCACUAUCUGGUGAAGUUCUGGAGAUUAAAUUGUCUGUAUCAUCAUUUGCGGAAGGAGCCAGAGGUCUGGCAACUUUACCGUUGAGGAUUCGUCGAUGCAACAUAGAUCCAAUUUGUCGAUGGAAAGGCCUUUCCAAAGUUAAGGGUAUUCACCUCACGAAGGACUCGAUUUACGCUCAAAGAUAUGCUGUCGUGCCAGGCUCCGUCUCGAGCGCUGCUGUUGAGACUUUUGCACAACAAAUCCUUCCCCUCACAGGGACCCACUCCGGCAAAAUUACGCCACUGCUGGAUAAUUUCUUAGAUAUCUAUUCCAAAGCAAAACAAGCUACUCCUCUACGGAGUUUUGUUAGGUCCACUUUGAAGGUCGCUGCACUCAACGGGUUGGUUCAGUAUGGGACAAUCGAUCUUCGAGACGGAAGUUAUGACCUCCUCGGGCGGCCGCCAACUGAAUCAUCUUAUGUUUCUCCUACUAUUCACGAUCAGAUACGUCUCAUUGCUGCCAGUGGGCUCAAAGACGCCGAACAGGAGGUUUUCAGACAAAUAGACGAGUUUAAGAAGCUAGUCGGACCAAACAAACACGCCCGAAUCGUAGGUGGUAUUUGUCUAAUGAGGUUGCUUCUACUCUAUCGAGAUCGAGCAAUCCGUGAUGCUAUCAGACUCUCGCUUCCACGACAAAAGCUUUUACAUCGAGCAAGAUUGGAACAAUCUACCUACAUGUACAAGAGGUUGACCGUCGCUUACGGAAUUCUCUGUCGCGAUGCCAACACGCCCUUGACCACUCCAUGGGUGGCUGAAGGUGACCGACAAAAGGGUACGAGUGAGAACAGAGGUCUUCAAGAGCUAUUUGUGCGGCUUCAUCAAGCGUACCGUGAAUUCUGCAAGAACCUCACCGAAGAACAUGAUUCAAUUUUCAAAGGCCUUGUGGUUCCGGCAAAGUGA